AUGAAUACAAGCCCACCGAGCAUUCUGCCCGGGUACGGGCAGAUGAAUGGAACCUCCCGAUCCCAAUUUCGCUCUAGCUAUGACUCCCCUGCCUCGGGCUCUUCGUCUUCUGCUGCUCCCAAGACUGGGAAGGCUGGGGGCCGUCAAAUCACCCGCAAUCGCGCCAGCUACAGCUGCCACACUUGUCGGAGGCGAAAGGUCAAAUGCGACAAGGUCCACCCGAUUUGCGGCAACUGCGUGAAAAACGGUACCGAAUGCGUCUACGAUGCGGCGCCACAGAAGGAUACGGAGUCGCGCUCGAGCAUAUCGAAGAACGGACAUGGCGUCAAGCGGAGGAGGGAGUCGUCGCGACCUAUUGAGGAGGAUAUCGAUGAUAUACAAUCUAUUUACGGUCAUCUGAAGCAAAGUGGAGCUUCCGAGCAACGGUCGCAAGCCAUUGAGGCGCGUUUGGAUAAACUCACCUCGAUGAUCGAGAGGCUGAGCAAGACGAAUCAGCCGCUGGAUGUCUCAGGAAAGCAACGGCUGGCACCAAAUGUGAAACUCGAGCCGGCUGAGGGUGAUCCUCGUUUGAGCAAUAUUGCGGCCUUAAAGCCAACUGCCGGUUCCCGUCCGGAUAGUCCGCGUCGCGCGGCUGAGUCUAGUGGCGACGAAUUUCCUAUUCCCGCGGGCCAUGCUACUGAUCUGGUGGAUCCUGUGGGGAGCUUGAAUCUUGGCCAUUUGAGCUUGGAGGAUGGAGGGCGAUCAAGAUACGUCGGGACGACUUAUUGGGCUUAUAUUUCUCAUGAGAUAAAUGAGCUCAAUCAGUUGCUCAGGGAUCAGAAUCGAUCGCACAACGAACCAGCCUUCAAUGAGAGCCCCGUUGACGAUGCGGGAACGGAACCUAUGGUUACAACACCGGGACGCCAGUGGAAAGAGUCGGCUGACGGUGUUAGCGAGCCUGCCGAGAAGCUUAGCAGAGUACAGACAUUCCAGAAGUCUGUUUUGUUUCCGUCAAGCGAAUCGCCUUCUGUGAAUGACAAGAUAGUGGAGCCAGAGAUGCUUGAGAACAUGCCGACAAAACGACAGAGUCAUAUCCUGUACAAAGGAUUUAUGUCUGGAAUACACGCCAUUACCCCAGUUGUGCACCCGCCUACCAUUCUGAAGCUUUACAACUCCUUCUGGGAUUGGUAUGAUUCAAGUAGCUACUCUGGGGAGUCUUGCCCUGACCCAUCCUUUAUCCCUUUGCUUUAUGCCAUCUGGUAUGGCGGUUCUGUCACUGUCUCAAUACGAACAAUCAAGGCUGAGUUCAACGUGUCAUCCCGCUCAGGUCUGUCCAAGGCAUACAGUGAGGAGGUAACGCGCUGGCUAUCCAAGAUAUCGUUCCCUCGCAGUCCGUCCAUGCAAGGUUUAUCUGCAUAUCUGCUGGUCCAGACCAUUCUUUCCAAGGAGGAAGAGCCUCUAACCAGUAGUCUCUUCAUCAGUCUUGCCAUGAGGGUGGCCCAGACUAUGGGUUUGCAUCGGGACCCUGCUAAAUUCGGCAUUGGCCCCAGCGACGCGGAAUACCGUCGCCGUAUAUGGUGGCAUAUUGUACACAUGGACGGCGUGGUGGCCAUGUCCAGCGGUCUGCCUCCUCUGGUCAGUGAUGAGAACUACUGGGAUGUUCGCGAGACUAGCGAGGUUAAAGACACUCUUCUUGGAACUCCCGCUGCCGAGAAAUAUGAGAGGCUUGUCAUGACCGGCAUGAGGCCACCGGAUAACCCCGAUGACCCAACCGUAUGUGGUGGGCCUUCUAUGGUUAACGUUUACUACCUAUCGGCCAAGGGCAAAUAUACGAUGGCCCGCGCUGUUCGUCGGAUCAUGAAGAUCCAGCUUGGUACAAAACCCGUCACGCGAAGGGACAUGGAGGAGCUGAGGUCGAUAUUGGUUGAUCUGCAAUACAAACUGAACUCUAUCAUCAACCGGAUACCAGAAGCAAACUCGCUCGAUACUUCGUCUCCGGUGUCAUCUACUAGAUCAUGGUCUUUAUCCUCACAAGCAGAUUCCCGCACCGAACUGCCGGCGGAUGGGCCCAAUGGAUGUGCAGAGCAGUACCAUUCGCCUGUCCUUGUAUCCUUCCACAAAUGGGCUAGGAUCCUCAUGUCUCUUUUCAUAGACAAAGCUUUUUGCGUCGCUUAUCAGCCUUUCCUGAAGAACGCCAAAAGUCGAAUCUGGCCGGCUGCAAGACAGAGCGCACUCCGCCACUGUCACGGCUUCAUGGAGAAGUUCGUCUCACUCGCAACUGACCCCGACUUCCAACCUUUCCAAUGGAGUUGGCCCGGCAAUCACCAACCAAUGCACGCGACCAUGAUCAUGCUCAUCGACCUCUACGAACGACCCUACAGCCCAGAGGCACCCAAAUCCCGCGCCUACAUCGACAAGAUCUUCUCCAUGACAGGCCCCGACGGCGGCGUCGUCGGCGGCGAAGACGGCAUCUCAACCCAACGACCCCUGAAAGACGGCGGCCGCGAAGCAUGGGACAUGAUCCGACGCCUACGCCAAAAAGCAUGGCAAAAAGCCGGCCUGGAUCCUCACAGACUAUGGUCCGAACAAGCCCAGAUCCAAGCAGGCGUCACCUCUCUCCCCGAAGAUUACGCCAACAACGACCCCUGCUACACCAGCGGUAGUCCCUCCCCCUCAACCUACCAUCCUCCUUCCGCCGUUACCACCCGCCGCCAACUCACCGACUUCUCCAAAAUGUUCUACAACAUGACUCGCUCCCACCAGCUCCCCAACCCAGCUACCACUAAUAACAACUCCCGUCCAAGCCCUCUCCGCUAUCAACUCCCUCCUCCUGCCCCUGCUCCUAUCCUCCCAAGCCCGCAAUCAAGAACCGCUCCCGUUCCUCCUCCGUUCCCUCAAUCCCCAACACCACCCAAAUACCCCAUGGACACUACCACCACCACCACCGCCACCUCCCCCCUCCCCAGCGGCUCCCCCAUCUCAUCCCCCGAAAGCAUCGCCCCCUUGAACCCUAACAUCUUCGCCAGCACCUUCAACAACACCCCGCAGCCGCAGCAAGCACCACAACAACCAACUAAUACCCCUCCUUCUGCUGCUCUACAAGCAGCUCCUCUUCCAUCUUUCAUGGACACAGCCAUCUCACCCACCAGCCAACCCAUCCCGGGGGCCCCCACACCGCCCUCCAUGGUGGAUCCGAACUUAAACUUCGAUUGGGACCAGUGGGACGCUGUCUUCGGGCAGCAUCUGCCGGUGGCGGAUGAGUUGAUGGAGUUGGAUCCGGUCACGGGAUUCGAGUUUGGGGAUUUGAGCAGUGCGGCUUAUGCUAAUGCUGCUGCUUCGCCUUCGAGGAUGGGGCUUGGUGGUAGUGGUGGUGUGGGGAGAGGUACUAGUUUUGGGAGUGCUGGUAGUAGUGGUAAUGAGGUUGGGAUGGGGGAGGUGAGGGGGUCUGAUUGGGUGGGUUAUUGUUGA